UUCUCUGAUACAGCCGAUGCAGGAUUGUCGUCGUCCUUCUAUAUAAGAAACGUAUAUAUCCAUGGAAGAAGAAGCUUCAAGAAAGUAGCUUUUCUUCAAGAUUUCUAAUUACAUCUAUCAUACAAUAUGAUUGAUCCUUCUUACCUGGUCCUGAUUGUAUGUAUUUAAUAUACAGUGCGUGGUUGUAAGAGUAUAAUUAGUUGCCGGAAAAUUAAAGCAUUAAUUCUCCGAUGGAGGCAGUUCCGAUGAAUGGAUCGUGGGAUCAAUCAAUUUCUUCAUACCAAUCCCCAAUUGGAAACCCUAGAAAACCUCACCACUAUCCCUUCUAUUCAAUUUCAAACCCUACUGAGAAUAAUAAUUACUUUCCAAUCCCCUCUCAUUUCCAGACGACAGUAGGCUUUCUUCAACCGCCGGCGCCGGCGCCGCCGCCAUUUCUCUCCCACUCAUAUCCUCCUUACUCGUCGCAGCCACCGCUGCUGCCUCUGCCCGCCUCCGCUCCGCUCCGCCGAGCCCCCAGCCGGAGCUUCUCAGGCCCUCCUUCCAGUAAUAAAAAACCCAACAACAACUCCAGAAUCAUCAAAGACUCUAAUUCUCUCAAUUCCAAGAAAACAUCAAAGCCUCUCCCGAAGAAAUUCUCUGAACAAUCUUCUAUUUCUAAGAGCCUCAGUACUGUUUCAUCGGCAAAUAAUUUCCACAAAGAACAGCCCAAAAAUGUCCCAAAAGUUUUGCCUUUGAUCAGCUCAUCAGGUAGCCGUAGUACAAACACUAACCCUAAUAAUUGUAAUAACAGUUCAAGAUUUUCUCCUGAUAAAGAAUCGGGAGGCAAUCGAUCUCCUCAUAACGUAGCCAUGUUUUCCGGUUCGGCGGCGUUUACAAUCUCGUCGCCGCCGCCGAGCAGCUUGCCUCUGCCCAGUUUUUCAUUGAGGCCAAAGCUCAGCUGCAACGCGGAGGCGGCGGAUACCGGAUCAGCCACAGAUGAUCUCCGGCGACUUCUUCAGCUCCGGUGAUCGAUCUACUCAAGUUUAGUUUGGAAACAAUAAAGAAUGCAGAUAUGAGCAUCGAAGGUGGGGAUUAAAUAUCGUCCUCCCAUAUAUAUCUAUGCUUGGGAAAUUAAAAGUUCUACUACUACCACAAUCUCUAUCAUCUCUCCUCCAUUUUCGAAUUUCUUGAUAUGCUAGCCAGUACGUAAAUUAAUGAUUUAUUGUGAUUGCCUCGUGUGUUUUUGUAAUGAGGGUGCACAAUAAAUCUGUUCUUGUGUAAUGUUGAAAAGAUUAAAUUAAGAUUGCAAGAAUUUGUCA